AUGUUGAAGCAUUCUUCACCAGAAAUUCCACCGAUUCCAACGACGUCGUUUCGUUUUAUUGCCGACUAUCAGGCACUUAAAGAUAGGCCUGAAGAGUUUGCCAAUUAUUUUUUGGCAGUAAAUAAAGACGACUAUGGUAUGUUGCUAGGCGAUGUGAUUGAAACUGACAUGAUCGAAUUACUAAUCACGGGCUUUGCUGCUUUGGCGAAUCAAGCCAACAUCGCUCACUUCCUUGAAUGCCUCCUUCACCUGGCUAAUGUUUCUCGAUUCGACAUUGCGGUCAUGUUUUUGGAUACACGAUCCAAGAAUGGUCAGUUUAAUUUGGCACCAAAUUCAGUCGAGUAUUGCUUUAAGAUAACGGAUGUUACCGUUGUUCUUUUUAUGAGAUUAAUUAGUCUAAUAACAGCAAUAUGUUGGGCUAAAUAG